UCCUCGUGCUGCGCUGGGGCCCCCCCUGGGCCGCCGGCAUGUCGGUGCUUCGGCUGAGGGCUUCGCUGCUGAGCCGGGGGACGGCAGGGCUCGGUAGAGCCCUGCGGCCCGAGGGCAGCGCCUGCCCCGGUCCCGAGAAAGGGGCCUCUUGGACUUGGGGCAGAAGUUACUCAGUCAAUGCUCCAGAACAGGAUAGGAGGAGGGAUGCAGGGCAAGUGGAACUAUUGGAAGUGCUAGAGGCCCGAGUAAGACAACUUCAGACUGAGUACGUAUCCGAAGUGACCGUAAAUCGAGUGGAAGUGGCCCCACUGAGGACAGGCAGUCAGAAGGACUUAGAGGCCCUUGGACUGGUGGAGGACAGAGCCAAGGGAGAUGCCAGCAGUGUGGUGCCCGUGGUGGGUAAGACCCGAAGCCGGUGGGUGGAGAAGCUCACUCAGGAAAAGAGUGAUUUGUACAAGAGACAGCAGCACCUGGAAGUCAGGCUCAAGGAAGAGACCUUUUGUGAAUCCCAGAUAAAGAAGGGAGUGAGAGCAUUUCUUAGCAGAAAAUUGAAAUCUACCAAACGGAUGCCUGACACUGGGAAAGAGAAAGCUGAUAUUGGUGAAGAGACGGCCGUAGCCGGGCAGGAGACUGCACACGACACUGUGAGACAGGAGCCUUUUCAAAAGGCUCUGAAAGUUCUGGAGAGGAACAAAACUUAUGUUGUUGACUCGGAUCCCUCUGGGCAGAUGUCUGAAGUGCUUAGACAUUCCGGAAAACAGCUUUUACUUCUGUCCUGUCUGGAGUGCUUGCUCUCUCAGAAUCGUCUGACACAAGCCAGUGAUCUGCUUCUCUCAUACUUUGGUCACUCAGGUGGCCGGAGGGUGCUGACCCUGCCCAUGUACAACUGCCUCUUGAAAGCUUGGGCCAAGCAGGGAUCCUUGCAUCAAAUAAGCACCUUGUUUUCCGUGAUGAAUGAGUCGGGGCUGACUCCUGACCUGGUUUCCUAUGCUUCAGUUCUGGAGUGUAUGGGUCGAGUAAAUGCAGACUUCAAAAUCAUCGAGAGCUGUCUGAAGCAGAUGGUGACAGAUGGCCUGCAGCUGGAGAACCUUUUCCACAAGGGGGCACUCCACAAGCAGGAGAGGAUGAUGGUGCUGAAAGCCAUCCAGAAGGUGGAGCCAGGAUUCUCACCCCCCCCAGCAUCCUCCCACAAGAUCGCCAUAUCUCCUCUGCUUAGAGACUUCUAUUCCAAGGAGAAGCCUGCGUCUUACCCGAAGCUGCCACUGCCUCUGCUCGAGCUGCAGAAACGCUUCCAGCAGCAGCUAACGUUGGAGUCAGCCAUGACAAUCACUAUUGACUCGGUGGAGAAGACACCAGUAACGAAAAAUAGUUGUCAAGCAAGGAACCUUCUCAAGGACCUUAAAUCCCAGUGGCGGAAGGCCUUGUUGAAGACAUUCAGGGAGACAAAAGCCCACAUGAGUACACAGCACAGCCAGGCCAGCCUUUACCCCUACCUGUGCCUACUGAAGAACAGGGAUUAUGUGGACCUCAUGAUGCAGGCCCUCUUUAACUUGCCUCCACAUGGAGAUUCCUUAAUCCACUUCGUCAUGGAUCUUGCGAUGAAGGUUUACAACAAGAAUUUAAUCCAGAUGAAGAUGAAACCCUUUGUAUUAGAUGAGCUGAAUAGGAAGUAUAUGAAUUACCUACAUCUUUUGGCCAAGGACACUCAGCUGGACUCCUGCCUGCCCCGGGAGUUCUGGGAGUCCUUGGAGUCGGAAGCCACCAUCUCCUCCGAUUUCUUCACUCAAGAGAAGGUCUGGCCAGAUGUGGUGUUGGUGCAGCUUGGAACCCACCUUGUGGAGGUGCUGGUGCAGGCCAUCCGCAUGCCCAACAAUUUGUUCUCCUCCCAGACGGAGAAGAGACUCAUCCCUGUGCUGUACCAUGUUUACUCCUUCCUCUCCGUAAAGCAGAUUGGUUUCAUUAAACCCCAUCCUGCCUUCAAUCAGCUGGUAGCUGAAGCUGCUUGCACCAAGCUGACCUUUGACUCCUCUGUCAUGCCCAUGUUGUGCCCUCCCAAACCUUGGACUUCACCUGUCUUUGGGGCCUAUGUCCUCCACCCCACCAAGCUGAUGCGCUGCCUGGAUGGGACUGUCCAACACCAGCAGCAGCUGGAGAACUGCCCUCAGGAGCAUUUGCACUCGGUCCUCGAUGCCCUCAAUCUGCUGGGUAACUGUGCCUGGAAGGUGAACCAGCCUGUGCUGGACCUCAUAAUCUCCAUCUUCAAUGCUAAGGGCAGCAAGAAGCUAGAUGUGCCCCCACCCAUGUCGGAGGCCCCCAUACCCCCUUCCUACCAGUUCUCCAAAGAUGCCAGCUCUUUAGAAAAGUCGAGGCUGCGGCGAGAGAUCGCCCAGUGCCAUAAGACCACCCGGGAAAUGUACAGCCUGCGCACAGAUGCCUUGUACAAGCUGUCCAUUGCCCACCACCUGCGAGACCAGAUCUUCUGGUUUCCUCACAACAUGGACUUCCGGGGCCGCACUUACCCUUGCCCACCGCACUUCAACCACCUGGGCAGUGACAUGACCCGGGCUAUCUUGCUGUUUGCUGAAGGCAAACCCUUGGGGCCCAGUGGCCUGAAUUGGCUAAAGAUUCACCUCAUCAACCUGACAGGACUCAAGAAGAGAGAGUCGCUGAAGGCCCGGCUGGCCUAUGCCAAUGAGAUCUUGGAGGACAUCCUGGACUCAGCGGACAAUCCACUGACUGGAAGGAAGUGGUGGAUGGACGUCGAUGAGCCCUGGCAGGCCCUGGCCUGCUGCAUGGAGAUUGCCAAUGCUGUCCGGUCACCAGACCCCACGGCUUACGUCUCCCAUUUACCUGUCCAUCAGGAUGGUUCCUGUAAUGGGCUCCAGCAUUAUGCGGCUCUGGGCCGAGAUGUCAUCGGGGCCUUCUCUGUCAACUUGAUGCCCUGCGACGUUCCCCAGGAUGUCUACAGUGGCGUGGCUCAGCUGGUGGAAGAGCAGCGCAAAAGAGAUGCCGCCAAAGGGAGCUCGAUAGCCCAAGUCCUAGAGGGCUUCAUUAGCCGCAAGUUGGUAAAGCAGACGGUGAUGACAGUGGUCUACGGUGUGACACACUAUGGCGGCAGGCUGCAGAUUGAGAAACGCCUGAAGGAGCUGGAUGAUUUCCCCAAGGAACAUGUGUGGGAAGCCUCCAUCUACCUCUCCCAGCUGGUCUUCACUAGCCUUGGUGAGAUGUUCUCAGGAACCAGGGAAAUCCAGGACUGGCUGACAAGAAGUGCAGACUGUAUCUCCAAGUCUGGGUCUUCUGUACAGUGGGUCACCCCGCUGGGCCUUCCCAUCAUUCAGCCAUAUCACAAGACCCAGAAAACCAUCGUUUCUGGGAGUCUGCAGUCUCUGUGCCUCAUGAGAUACUCUGAUGUCAGCCAGAAACCAAACACCUUGAAACAGAAGAAUGCUUUCCCCCCCAACUUCAUCCACUCCCUGGACUCCACCCACAUGAUGCUGACGGCUUUGUACUGUCACAGGAAGGGACUCACCUUCGUCUCUGUGCAUGACUGCUUCUGGACACAUGCCUCCACUGUGGACGUCAUGAAUGAGGUCUGUCGUGAACAGUUUGUGAAUCUGCACAGUCAGCCCAUUCUGCAGGAGUUAUCUCGGUACCUGGUACAGAAAUACUGCUCUAAGUUCCAGUCUCAUGAUUCUCCUAAAGAAAUGUCCAUCAAGGAGAAGUUGAUGCUAAGGACACUGUCUCAUGUGCCUGAAAGAGGAAAUUUUGAUCUACAGAACGUGAAGAAAUCCACCUACUUCUUCAGCUGAAGAUGGCUCUGAGCGUGCCACACACCCGUUAUUGAAACUGAGUUCAGAGGGCCCUUGCCAGGAGUGUCCCUGCAUCCUGAGGACUUGGGGAUUUGGUCCUUCCUGGUCUGUGCUUCUCAGGCCCUCCCUGCCCUGAUCCCUCCAAGAGUCCAUCCUGCCUCCGGCCAAGGACAAGCUGAGCUGGCAGUGAGGGGCUGUGUCCCCUUCCGUUGUCAGCACUCAGGCUGGCACUGGUUGGGGGAGGGGUGGCUCACAAGAGUGCUCCUGGGGCUUAGCCUUAGCUGCAUGAGCCUUCCAGCUCUUUCAGCUGAUCUCCCAGAAAAUACCGGGGCCAGGCCACAUUCCUUACUCACUUAUCGGCCUCCUGACCCCGCCCCCACUCCCGCUGAGUACCAGGGGGCCCAUGUCCCAGGGGAAUGAUGAUUCUCCGAGACUAGACCGGAGCCCCCGUCUUUCAGGAGGACCCCAGGAUUCUCCAUGCUUUUACCUAUUUGUCCAUCCUGAGCAUCCAGAAAUCUCUGGCACAUGUACAGUAGUGUAAAUAAAAAGCUUUUAACCCCA